AUGGUCGACUUUACUGGUGCGCAGACCGCCAAUGUAAAGCCCAAGGAAAUUGACAAGUGCAAGCAGCUCGCCAAGAGUGCCCUCGCCGGGGGCGAUGCCGAAAAGGCUACACGCCUCCUGCAGAAGGCGAAGCGCAUGUGUCCAACGGACACAUCCAUCGACGAACUGAUCGCAGCCGCACAGGUUGCCGGUGCCUCUGCAGGGGCCUCCUCGCCCUCGGCCAAGGGCGACUCUGACGGAAAUCCCACUGCCUCCGAGGGCUUCCGCCACCGCGCCUCGGCGACGUCGACCUCGUCAGGGGCCUCCAGCAACGUUCGCACGGGCAAGGAUGGCCGCCAGUACACGACGGAGCAGAUGCAGCUCGUUCAGCGGAUCCUGCGCACAAAGGACUACUACGACAUCCUCGAAGUGCCCAAGAAUGCCAACGAAGAUGUUGCGAAGAAGGCAUACCGAAAGUUGGCGCUGAAGCUGCACCCCGACAAGAAUCGCGCCCCCGGAGCUGACGAGGCUUUCAAGAAACUCUCGAAGGCCUUCCAGUGCCUCACGGAUCCCGAGAAGAAGCAAGUCUAUGACACUUACGGUGACGAAGAACGAAUUCCACAACAGCAGCGGCAUCACUAUCAGCAGGACUUCAUGACUCCAGAGGAUCUCUUCGCGGCGUUUUUCGGCGGAGGCCCCGUCUUCCACCAACAUCAGCGUCACCAUGCACAUCAUCAAGACGAUGGACAGGUGCAGCGGAUGCAGAUUUUCCAAGCGCUGCCAGUUCUGCUGCUGGUGCUUCUCACCCUCUCCAACUUUGGCAAGGACUCUGGAGGCGGCCGGUUUUCCUUCCAAGCCAACAAUGCCUACCGCAACGAGCGGAGUACGGCCACGCUCAACGUGCCAUACUACGUGACAGACGAUUUUGAGGAGCAUUACAGCGAAGGUACACGAUCCCUGGCGGAGUUCGACAGGCAGGUGGAGAUAUACCACAUACGGAACCUGGGCUCGGAUUGCGACUACCAGGAGAAGACCCAGUACAAGAAGGUCCUACAGGCCAAAAGGCGGAGAAACGAAGAAGAGCUGCAAGAAGCUCGGAACCUUCCUCGGCCGGCUUGCAAGGAGCUCGAGCGGGUGAAGAAGAAGUUUCCGAACCUCUUCCGCUCCGCCAUGUACAUGGGCGGAUACUGA